ACCUCCCCACUUCCUGCACAGCCGGGAUGGCGGCGGCCGCUGUAUCCUGGACGCUGUUGCCCGUGGCCCGACGGGGGCUGUGGGGAUUUACCCGAAGGCUCCCUCCCCGCGGCGCCGCUGCUCAGCCCCGACCUUUCGGAGGAUAUAGAUCAAGAAGCACACAGGCUGCUGCACAGGUUGUUCUGAAUGUCCCUGAGACUCGAGUAACAUGUUUGGAAAAUGGACUCAGAGUAGCUUCUGAGAACUCUGGGCUGUCAACGUGCACCGUUGGGCUGUGGAUUGACGCUGGAAGUCGAUAUGAAAAUGAGAAGAAUAAUGGAACCGCUCACUUUCUGGAGCAUAUGGCUUUCAAGGGCACCAAAAAGAGGUCCCAGUUAGACCUUGAACUUGAGAUUGAAAAUAUGGGUGCUCAUCUUAAUGCCUACACCUCCAGAGAACAGACUGUGUACUAUGCCAAAGCAUUCUCUAAAGAUUUGCCAAGAGCUGUAGAAAUUCUUGCUGACAUAAUUCAGAACAGCACACUGGGAGAGGCAGAGAUUGAACGUGAGCGUGGAGUAAUCCUUCGGGAGAUGCAGGAGGUUGAAACCAACCUGCAAGAAGUUGUUUUUGAUUACCUUCAUGCCACAGCUUAUCAGAAUACUGCGCUUGGACGGACAAUUCUGGGACCAACUGAAAAUAUCAAAUCUAUAAAUCGCAAGGACUUAGUGGAUUACAUAACCACACAUUAUAAGGGACCAAGAAUCGUGCUGGCUGCUGCUGGAGGUGUUUGCCAUGACGAACUGCUUGAGUUAGCAAAGUUUCAUUUUGGUGACUCUUCGUUUGCACACAAAGGAGAAAUACCAGUUUUGCCUCCCUGCAAAUUCACUGGAAGCGAGAUCCGAGUGAGGGAUGACAAGAUGCCUCUGGCACACCUUGCAGUAGCUGUGGAGGCAGUCGGUUGGGCACAUCCAGACACAAUCUGUCUCAUGGUAGCAAACACACUGAUAGGCAACUGGGAUCGCUCUUUCGGAGGAGGGAUGAAUUUAUCUAGCAAGCUGGCCCAGCUUACCUGCCAUGGCAAUCUCUGCCACAGCUUCCAGUCCUUCAACACUUCCUACACAGACACAGGAUUAUGGGGACUCUACAUGGUGUGUGAACAAGCCACAGUUGCUGACAUGCUGCAUGCGGUACAAAAAGAAUGGAUGCGUCUUUGUACAAAUGUUACGGAAAGUGAAGUGGCACGAGCAAAAAACCUUCUGAAAACAAACAUGUUGCUGCAGCUUGACGGUUCCACUCCAAUUUGUGAAGACAUCGGUAGGCAGAUGCUGUGCUACAACAGGAGAAUUCCCAUCCCUGAGCUUGAAGCAAGAAUUGACGCUGUGAAUGCAGAGAUGGUUCGAGAAGUGUGUACCAAGUACAUUUAUAACAAAAGCCCAGCUAUUGCUGCUCUUGGUCCUAUUGAGCGGUUACCUGAUUUUAACCAGAUUUGUAGUAACAUGCGCUGGACUCGUGACUAAUUUUUCUGAUCAAAUAGUCUGUACAUACAUAUUUAUAAAGCUAAGAGAUCUGGAGUUUUGAAAAGCUGUUCAAAUGAAAAAAUAAAUACUUACUUGGAA